GUCAGUAAAAUUGCAGAUCUCCAUUUGAAAUAUUGCUCCUCUUCCAACGGCUAUAUCGUCACUGCUCUCUCUCUUUCUCGCUGUCUCUCCACAGAGCAACCAUAUUCGAUGAAGUCUCUAUUGCCGCGGAUCGGGAAUGUUCCACCUUCCGAAACCCUAACCCCAUGCUCGCAUAAGGAGAGGACGCCUAGGUUCCCAAAGGAGAACGUCGAUCCCAACACCAUGCCGCCGGAAUCGGCCCUUUUCAAGUCGCCUCUGACAUCCGGGAAGCCCCCCAAAGUACGGAUCCGGAGUCCGUUUCCUCCUCGUCCGCCGUCUUCCUCAAACCGUCUCAAGCGGAAGCUGAGCUUGGAAACCCUACCAGAAAACGGGUGCACGACUUUCUCUCCCAGCGAUUGCGGCGUCCAGGUGGUAGUCCGCAUGAGACCGCUGGGUAAGGAAGAAGAGGGGGUUCAGAUCGUGCAAAAGACUUCCCCUAAUUCCGUUUCAAUUCUUGAGCACAGCUUUACUUUUGAUUCCGUGGUUGAUGAAAGUUCGACGCAAAUUUACAAUGAGCAAAUAACCGACUUGUUGGAUCCGACACAAAGGAAUCUACAGAUAAGAGAGGAUGUAAAAACUGGAAUAUAUGUUGAUUGCCUAAAGCAGGAGUAUGUCUCCACAACAAAUGAGGUCAUCCAAUUGCUGAUAAAGGGAUUGGCAAAUAGAAGGAUAGGGGCAACAAGUAUCAACACAGAGAGUUCACGUUCACAUUGUGUUUUCACUUGUAUUGUUGAAUGCCGGUCUAAGAGCACGGAAAAUGGUCUUAUUAGCUUAAGAACCAGUAGAAUCAACCUUGUUGAUCUUGCUGGAUCUGAAAGACAAAGGGCUACAGGUGCUGCAGGUGAGCGCUUAAAAGAAGCUGGCAGUAUCAAUCGUUCCCUCUCCCAACUUGGAAACUUAAUUAAUAUUCUGGCUGAAGUCUCUCAAUCUGGGAAACAUCGUCAUAUACCCUACAGAGAUUCUAGGCUGACAUUUUUAUUGCAGGAAUCUCUCGGUGGAAAUGCAAAGCUUGCAAUGAUAUGUAAUGUUUCACCAUCCAAGAGUUGUAAGAAUGAAACUUUUAGCACCUUGAGAUUUGCUCAGCGAGCAAAGGCAAUAAAGAAUAAGGCAAUUGUAAAUGAGACAACAGUAGAUGAUGCUAAUCUCCUGCGAGAGCAGAUACGUCAGCUGAAGGAUGAACUUCUACGAAUGAAGUCAAAUGAUAAGUCAGAAGAAAGUAAUGGAAGUUGUUCAAUUGGAUGGAAUGUCCGUCGAAGUUUGAGCCUUUUAAGAUUUAGCCUAUGUCGCCCAAGAACAUUGCCUGUUGAAGAUGACAGUGAUGAAGACAUGGAAAUUGUUCAGGAAGGUGUUGAGAGCUCUGGUGCAGAGGCUUAUUUGCCUUCCUUGGAUGAGGAAAAUAGUACCGUGAAUGAGGAAGCAACUAAAUUUGAGAGUUUUAAGGAGAAAACGCCCUGUUACUUAGAUAGGGAAACUUCAUCAAGUGAAUGCUUAAAGAAAAUACCUAGUUUCAUCUCCGAGUGUCACCAAGAUAUUGAGUGUAGGCAUGGCAGUGAGGAACAUGAAAAAAUAGAAGAAUUGACUGAAUCCUGCAGAGCUCAUGUCCAAAGCAAAGAAAUAGUUGAAAUUGCAAUUGAACAAGCUUCCCCCACUCUUGACAUGAACGAGCACAAUAGGGAUGGAGAUGAAAAAAAAAUGAUUCCUGCUAAGAGAAAAUUACUGGCCGGAGACCAUCCUGAGAUAACUGAGGAAAUUUCUUCUAUUGGAGGAGUUGCUUCAAAUGAAAUGUUUCCAGGCCAGUCUCAUAAUCAUGCUUCAACAUUUUGUUUUAGCAUUAAAACACGUGAAACAUCCCCAGUUCUGACACCCACUUUGAGUGUCUCGCCUAGAACUAAGACUUACAGUAGGAAAAGUCCCAGGACAUCAUCAUCAACAUCAGCCUCUCAGAAAAGUAUAAGAGCAGAGGUUGAACGUGAUUUAGGCAUCGUGAAUGUUUCAUUUUCUGGUUUGUUGAAUAAGAGUAAGAAUAAUAUUUCUUCCAUUCAUUCCAGCAAGAAUUCCCUUGCAACAAAUGAAAAUCUGGCAGCAAGUCUUCGUCAAGGUCUUGAGGUGAUCAAUGGCCAAAAGCAUAGUUCAUCCCUAAUGAAUUCAUCAUUCAGGUUCUCAUUGAACCCUGCUGAUAUGAAGCCGCUAACCAUCAUGGACAAAAUUGAUACUGGCACACAAACGUUAUUUGAAGAACCAAACGGGUUAGAAGAUUCAUCAGUGCUUAUAUGUAAUUCCUGCAAGAGAAAAGCUCUGACUCUUGAAAAUGGAGAUAUCACCUGGGAAUCGGACUUGCAAAUGGCCCCCCUCAAUGGUUCCCAAUCAUCCAAGAAGCCACAACCAGCUGAACGAUGCAAGAAACAAGUGCCUAAAGCGAUGGAGAAAGUCCUUGCUGGAGCCAUCAGGCGGGAAAUGGCUCUUGAAGAUCGCUGUUUGAAGCAAGCAGCUGAAAUUAUGCAUCUCAAUAGAUUGGUCCAGCAAUACAAGCAUGAACGUGGAUGCAUAGAAAUAAUUGAACAGGCUCAUGAGGAUAAAAUUUCUCGACUGGAGGGCCUAAUGGAUGGCGUUAUGCCAACUGAAGAGUUCAUGGAGAAGGAGUUUCUUUCCUUAAAAAAUGAGUACAUGAUACUAAAAGAGAAAUAUGACAAUCAUCCUGAAGUUUUGUUGCUAAAUAUUGAGCUAAAGAAGGUUCAGAAUGAGCUCAAUAAUUAUAGAAACUUCUUUGAUAUGGGUGAGAGAGAUGUAUUGAUGGAGGAAAUUCAUGAUCUAAGGCACUACUUACGAUAUUAUAUUGACUCUUCUUCAACGUCUAACCAUCCCUUGCUACAGUUGACACAUUCAAUGGGGUCCAUCUUGGCCCCUCUUAGUAAGAUAUCAGAUACAAAAGAUGCAAGUGUUGAUGAAAAUUUUGAGCUUAAGAGGGGAAAUUGGACUGACUUAGAGAAUAAGUGGAUCUCUUUAUAUAAAGAGCUUAAAACAGAAUUGGAAGCUUGUCAGUCUCUUACUGAGAAGCUGAAAAUUGAUCUUGAAUCUGAGAAGAAAUGUGCACAAGAACGUAAGGAGGAACUUCAGACAGCAUUGCAGGUUCAUACUAGGACCUUGGAACACUAUGCAGAUCUUGAAGAGAAACAUAUGGCUUUGCUUCAAAAGCAUAGGAAAAUGAGGGAGGGAAUCCUUGAUGUGAAGAAAGUAGCAGCAAGAGUAGGUGUAAAAUGUGAUUCAAAAUUCAUUGAAUCUAUGUCUGCUCAAAUUGAAACUCUCAGGGAAGAGAGAGAAAAGGAGAGGCUGUAUUGGAGGGAUGAAAAUAAAGGUCUCCAGACUCAACUUAAGGAUACUGCUGAGGCUGUAUUGGCUGCUGGAGAGCUGCUUACACGCUUAAAAGAAGCUGAAGACGCUGCUGGCAAUGCAAAGAAACGCGCUUUAAUUGCGGAGAAGAAAACUGAGAGGGCCUAUCAGGAGAUUGAUGAACUUAAGAAAAAGUACGAGUCACAAAUUGUUAAGCUAAAUCAGUUGCUGGCCGAAUCGCACUCAACGAAAGAUGGGCGAGUUGAUGAAUUUUCUUCUGCAACUGGACACAAUUCCUGGUUUUAUGGCUAUGACCGGUGCAACAUAUAAGUAGCACAGGUAUUGACAUAUCUGAUGACUACAGUGUAAAGUUUUUGUUGUAACACCACAAGGCAUAUAUUUCUUUGUAGAUUGGUUCAACUCUUCAGUUCUUACUUCUUGUAUUGGUCAAAUAUAUUUUAGAAAUCCAUGGUAAAUGCCUGUGUUUUGUAUCAUUAUUAA